AAUGAAACCAGAGUUAAGUUUCACAUUAGAGCCUAGCAUCCUCCCUGUGAAGAUGUACAAAGGGAAGAACCCCUCAGGAUCGGCCUCGAAUAAGAGACCGUGCCCCUUCAGAGACACAGGACCCUCUGCGGGCAGCACCCUGUGUGAGAAGCACCGCAGCCCGCUGGAGAACUACUGCUGCACCGACCGGCGGCUCAUCUGCGCCCUGUGCGCGGUGUCCGAGCACCGCGGGCACUCCAUUGGUACAGUGGGGGAGGAGAGGAGGCGCAAACAGAGGGAGCUGAACAGCAUGCAAACAAAAUCCAAGCAGAUUAUUCAGAAAGAAGAAAAUAAACUGAAGCACAUGGGGAAGACUCUGGAACAGAUUCAGGAGGAGGGGAGAGAAACACAGGACUACUGUGAAAGUGUCUUGGUAGGCGUCAUUGACUGCCUCCAGAGACAUUACAUGUUGGUGAGGGAGCGGAUCAGAGGUCAGGAGGCUCAGGCUCAGAGCUCCUUCCAGACGCUGGAGGAACUGAAGGAGAGAGACGUUGAGCUCCAUCGACUCGCUGAGACUGACAACGAUGUCCAUUUCUUGCAGAAAUGGCCCUCCCUGCGGUGUCCUGACACGGAUCUUCUUCAUCCUCUUCAGGAGGUUUCAGAGGAUCCACUUCUCUCCUUCGAGUUUACAAAGAGAGCCGUGGAACAGCUCGGGGAGCAGCUGCAGGAUAUCUGUGACAAAACAUUUGCCUCAAUCCUUCAUACUGCUGGUGGUGAAGAGCAGCAGCAAUCAGGAGGUGUCUCUGGAGUUACCAACACUGAGCAGAACAUGGAGGAGCCCACAACCAGAGCUGACUUCCUGCAGUAUGCUUGUAGACUCAGCCUGGAUCGCACCACAGCUCAUGAGGACCUGACCCUCUCUGCAGGAGACACCGAGGUGAGGCUGAACUCUCCGAAGAUGAACGACCUUGGUCUUCGUUCCCCGGACAGGUUCUUCCACCGCAUGCAGGUGCUGUGCAAGGAGGGGCUGCAUGCCGAGCGCUGCUACUAUGAGGUCGAGGUGGAAGGAGACAAGGCUGAGAUCGCUCUCGCCUACAGGGGGAUGAACAGAAAGACUCGAACCCGUCUGUCAGCUUUUGGGGCAAAUGCAUUUUCCUGGAGUCUUGAUCGCUCCUCUAACUACUCGGUGAGCCACAGAGCUGACAGCGUUCAGCUCACAUCAUCACCGUGUCACAGCCGGAUCGGCGUUUAUCUGAAGUUUAAAGAGGGAACUCUUGCUUUCUACGAGGUGUCAGGGUCGGACAGUAUGAAGUUUCUUUACAAGCUGGAGGCUAAGUUCACAGAGCCUCUGUAUCCGGGCUUCUGGCUCGAAAAGGGAUGUUGCAUCAGGAUCUGUGAUCUACCUGAGAGGGACUGUAGAAACAGGUUGAGAUAGUUAGCUGCAGCACUCACAGCUCUCCGUAAUGGCCACAGUAUAUUAGCAUCUUACCUGUAGUAUCCAAGGUGGCUGAGAAGUGGGUGUCAGAACAGCUUGUCUCCUUCUUAAACAACAGAACUUAAGCGCUUUGAGCACCAGGAAAAGCGCUUUAUAAAUGUAAUGUAUUAUUAUUAUUAUUAUUAUUAUUAUUAACAGUCCAUUUCAACUUCAUCCCAUGCAGUUUGGCUUCAGGGCAAAUUAUUCAACCGAAACAGCCAACUGCUUUUUUAUAGAAAAGGUAAAAGCAAUGGUUGACAAAGGAGGUGUUGUUGGUGCAGUAUUUCUGGAUCUACGCAAAGCUUUUGAUACAGUCAAUCAUAAGGUCCUUCUGUCCAAACUGUCGGCUUUUAACUGCUCUCCAUUAACACUCAGUUGGAUUGAAUCAUACCUCACUGGUAGGCGUCAGCAUGUUACCGUCAAUAAUCGACUCUCCCCAGCUCUAGACUUAAGCACCGGAGUACCACAAGGUUCAAUACUUGGUCCACUUCUUUUUACCCUAUAUAUUAAUGACCUGCCAUCUGUCUGUCCUGAUGUGGAAACACAGCUAUAUGCCGAUGACACUGUGAUAUAUGUGCAUGCCAAUACAAAGCAAAAGGCUGCUGAUAAACUGACCUCAGCUUUAGUGCUGAUCACUAGCUGGCUACACCGCUCCUGUCUUCAGCUUAAUGUAAACAAAACAGUAGGAAUGUUUUUCACAAAAAGAAAAUGCAACAUUGUGGCAAAUAUAAGAACAUAUUAAUAUUGUGCCUCAGGUUAAGUACCGUGGAAUUAUUAUUGACUCUAAUUUAACAUUCAAAACACAAGUCAAAAAAGUGACCCAAAGAGCAAAGUUUAGCCUAGCAAAUUUUAAAUACAUAAGAAACACAAUGACAUUGAAUUCUGCCAAAUUAUACAUGAAUGCCAUGAUCAUGUCACAUCUAACAUACUGUCUCACAAGCUGGGGGCAAACUAACAGCUCCACACUUAAGCCACUAGCAACCCUGUACAAACAAACCCUCAAAGUACUGGACCAGAAACCUAACAGCUCCCAUCACUGUACCAUCCUCAAAAAGCAUAACAUCCUGAGUUCGGAAGAUUUAAUAAAGUAUAGGAACAUCGUUCUGGUGUACAAAAUCCUGCACAAUACAGCCCCUCCACCUCUUAACUCAUUGGUUACUCAACGUAACAACACCAGACUGACCACUAGAAGCUCCACACGUGGCGACCUAUCAGUCCCAUUCAGGAAGAGUACUUUUGGUCAGUCAUCAUUCUCGGUCACAGCAAUACAAAACUGGAACUCUACCCACUCAAAUCAAAGACAUACAUACACAUACCACCUUCACAGCUCACUUAAAAACAUGGUUCACUGAGAACUACACUUGCACACACUAGCCUGUGUUGAGUAUGGCGUGUGUGUUACAUGUUGUGUUACAUGUUGUGAUCAUGGAUGUUGCCCCUCGUUUCUGUUAUGUGAUUGUGAUGUGCAAUAUGUGACAUGUACUGUAUGUAGUAACGUGUGUUGUUUAUUGUUCUCUUUUAUCCUCUUUUAUCCUUUUGCAUGUAUCUACUUGUCUUUCAUCCUUUUUAUUUUAUAUUAUAUUUUUUAUAACUAAUGCUGUUGAUAUAUUGUGAUUUUAAGGGUGUCUAUUACCAUCUGGCCGGGGACAACAGCUGGAAAUUAGCCAUGUCAGCUAAAGCUGCUCCAUUUACUGUUUUUGUGACAGUUCAUCGAUGUGGACUGUCCACGACACUAUAAAUAAAUAAACUAAACUAAACUAUACUUAAAGAUGGCCGCCACUCUGACAAUCCUGCUAUGUUUUUUAAAUGGGAAUAUCUCUUUUACUUCUGUCUUCUUUUACAAUAUAAAGUAGCCUAAAAAUAGUCUUAAUUAAACAGUAUAUCCAUUUACGCCCACUGUACAGGCUGUUGGGUUGACACAAUUACAUAUUUGUGUUCACUGGACCGAACAGGACUUUGGUGCAAAGAGGAACCAACAUUACCAUCCUCAUCAAAGUCUUAUUGUGCUUUUUAUGCCUCUGCUUGUCCUUACCCUUCUCCCAUACAUGAAAUCACGAGAACAUCAUGAGGGCAUUUCUUCAUAUUUGGCUCAAACUUUGUGCCAAAAUUAAAUUAUGAUUUAUUUGAUAUUAUUUUCAUGUAAUAGUCUGCCUAUUGUCUUUUAUAUUACCAUAAUUAUUUUGUAUCAACACCAGUAAAACCAUAACACAAAAGCUUCGUGUGCAGCUGUUUUUAUUCUGAAAACUGUCAGUAGCUAUAUAGAAUGAAAUGGGUUACUUAUUAAUAUCUGUCUGUAUUUAGUUCUGUAUAUUUUUCAAUAAGAAACUGAAGAUAAACAUUCCCAAUGAAAAUGUAACUUUCACCAUGACAAUUUUGACUUCAAA